AUGAGUCAAAACUAUAAAGCAAUCAUGUUAGGUAUCUCAAACGUAGGCAAGACAUCAAUCAUCAACGCAUUUCGGCCUUUAAAUGAUAUUAUUGAGCCCACAGUGCGAUAUGAUCUUUAUCAGUUCUCCUGCAGCAUUGAUGGAAAUGAAUUUACUAUAGGUCUUUGGGAUAUACCAGGACAGACGCAAUAUCGCCCAAUGACGCAAACAUUCCUGAGAAAUGUUGACGUUGCACUUAUUGUUUAUGAUAUAACAUCAGAAGAUUCAUUUGAUAACGUGAAUGAAGAUUAUAAGCUUCUUAUACAAGAAACACCAAAUCCUCAUGUUUUUAUUAUUGGAAAUAAGGUAGAUUUGGAAUCUGAACGAAGAGUUUUUGCAACUGUGGGAGAAAACUAUGCGAAUCAAAUUGGUGCUAAGUUUUUUGAAGUUAGUGCCUUGCAUAAUACGAAUAUUGUUGAAUUAUUUGAUGCCUUGAAAUUGGCUGCUUCUGGAAUUGAUAAGCCAAUCACGGAGAGUAUUAAUCUUUCUAAUACAAAAGAGAAAAAGAAAGGUUGCUGUUAA